CACCAGGCAGAAAAACUGAGCAAACUCUGAAGAGUAAAGACUAAUCACUACCUAGUACCCAAUCUACUCUAAUACACUAAAAGACGCUAUCGAAGAACUAACAGACUUUUUCACCGCGUGGUGCUAUCAGUAUCAGUUAAUCUUGUGGGUGGAUCAAAACAGAAGGUGCGUGAAGAGAACGUUCCUGCCCCAGCUUCCACGUGGAUAACUAUGGGCGUCAGCUGGGUGCUAGUGUGCCCGGUGGCAGAUGGGAAGACGCCCAACCAGGCCCUGGACGAGUUCUGUCGUCAGCUGGUGCAGCAGGGCUUCGAGAAGGAUCCGACGCCAUUCACGCUGAAAUGCGAGACCUACAGCUCGCAUCCCCAGCUGCCGCUGCAAAAGGCAUUCCACGCCAUCUGUGAUUCCGACCGACCGGCUUCCUGUUUUCUCAUUGCUGAGAAGGAUCCCCUCAAUCUCAACAUCACAGCCGAGCGCUCGCUGAUGGCCUUCAUUGGCAAACUGGACAAGGCCUAUGGAGCUAAGAAGUCCUCCAUUAUCGAGGUGCAAGGCUUCAGUUUCCUGUACCGAGACUUCAUCGUGCGUCCAGGAGUCCUUUCACACGGUGGCAGUGCGCGCGGACUAACGGUGGACGUGGAGCUGCGCGCCUGCCCCGUGGCCAUUAACGCCCUGGAACUGAUGCGGGAGUUCGUCAACAGCUUCAUGCCGCUGCCGGUCGAAGCCGUGCCGGCUUUCUUCAACCGUCCUGGCAUCGCCACUCAGAUUUUCUCCGUCAUGGACACCAUGCUACAGUAUCUGGAGGUUUUCGCCCACGUCAAACGAACCAACAUGAUGCCCCUCAAGACUUAACUUCCUUCCCGACGCGUAUGGUACUCUUUACACUUACAGUUUUAUGCAGUAAUUUUAAUUUAUUUUUAGUUUUCUUUUUCAAUCAUUUUGUGCGAGGUAAAAGCAGCUAACUGUAUAUCGAAUGAAUGUAUACACUGUGUGUCACAACAAAAUGAAAACAAAAUUUUUACAAAUCAAAACUGUUGGAAAAUAAAUCGAAUAAUCCAUGCCCAAUGUUGACGCGCUCUUAACGAGAACAAACAAUAAUUACAACAUCGGCUGAGAGAAUCCUGGCACGUGCAACAAAUUAAACCAAUAAAACACAGGACAAAAAGCUUAGUUAACACACAGACAUCACGUUGGUUUGAGAGAAAAAGAUAGUUUGGGCCGGGUGUUGCUGCCUUUGUUGAGGAUUACGCGCUGCUCAUUCUUAUUCCAUUCCUC